AUGGAUGUCGAUGAGAGAUUGCAACAAGAUGAAAAUCAAACUCAUCACUUUUUACAGAAGAAGUCAAGUGGUUUUUUGAUAAAGGAAAAGGUUUCUACAAAAUCCAAGGAUCCUGAUAAUAUAAGGCUUCGUGACUUGAACUUCAAUCAUAGGAAAAAACUAGACGGUAAAAAAAUAGCAAAGCAAGUCCCAGUUCAGGUAAACUUUAAGAAGUCUAACAAAAUUGAAGCUCUCACUGCCCUAGAAUCAAAUGAAUUGACAGAUAUCAACCUUGAUUAUAUACCGGAUUCCCCAUCUAUAGAGAAAAUAUCAGGGCCUGAGAACUCCGCUGCUGUAACGCCAAAAAAUAUAAUACAUUUACAAUCUGAUUCCGAUCUUAUUCUCGAAGAGUGCGACCAUAAUUAUGACUGUGGCCCCUUUUAUCGUCUGUACAACUACGAGAAUAGAAUUGAGCCCGAUGACUACGAGGCUAUUUUAAAUGCUAUAAUAACGGACGAAAUUGCCGGGACAUAUCCGAUUUUCGAACGGGAAUUAGAGUAUCAAGAACUUAAAAGUCUUGUUAGAAAGCGGGAUUAUAUUUUAUAUUAUCUCUUAUCAAAGGAUUAUCGGGGGUUUUUUCAGUUGAAAGAGGAGCGUACUUUAUUCUAUAGGUACCCUUCAAUUGCGUACACUAGUCCAUUGAAAUAUCUGGACAAGCGGUCUGAAAACGAACUGUUUAUAGGGGAAGAUGAUGAGGAGCUUCAAUCUUUUGAUCUCGAAAACACAUCAUCUGUGAGGACUUUAGAUAGUAAUAUAUGGCGUUAG